AUGAGCAAGAUGUAUAAUUUGGAGGACGAGGAGAUGUCGUUGCGCGCUGCAAUCGCUCAACGCGGCCCUCGUGCUGGCCUUAAGGGUCCUCGACCGCCGACCUCACCUCCGCCGGAAAUCGACCCCACUGUGCCCAGCAGCUCGGACUUCAUGUCACGCUCGCUACGCAAUGAAUCUGGAAGCAGUUUGGGGAGCAGUGAUGAUGGAUUGAAAUAUGGUAAGGUUAUCUACAAUUGGUAGGGUAGGGUAGGAUCGGGUAGGGUAGGGUAGGUUAAAUUAGAGUAGGGUACGUUAUAGUGAAGUUGGAUAUGGUAGGGUAGAGUUGAGUAACAUCAAAUUAAAAUGUCAUAUUGUUCCAGAACGACACUCAAUAUCUCCAAAGCUAGCAGACAUCUCACUGAAUGGCAAGAACCCAUUCAUGACUGUACCAUGGCAUGUAAUGUACUCAAUCUUCCAGAAUCUAGAGCUACGGGAUCGGAUACGAGCUUCUAUGGUCUGUAAACGAUGGAAUCACUUAUUGACUGACGGUCGAUUUCCAUUGGAAGACCUGUCGGUUAUAAAUUUAUUUGAAUAUGAAAUUUUAAAUGAAAAAAUGGAAAAGAACAUUCAGAGUGGUGGAAAGUAAGUUUUUGCGGCUUUAAAAUUUUGGGUUAGGAUUUUCAAAAAUUAAAAAAAAAUUGGUUUUUUCAAAAAAAAAUAUUAAAAAUAGGUAAAAAAGGCUACAAAAUUACAAAAAAGCAACAUUUUCAUUUACUUCAGAGUAGAAUUCGUGCAAUUAAACGACACAGAAGAUCUAAGGAGUAUAUUCUUGCACUGUGACACGCCCUACGCUGUAAAAAUAUGGUACAGUCGACUGGAUUUCUUGGAAAGUGUUUUGGGUACGUUUUCUUAUUUUAUUUUUUGUGUUUAGAUAGCCUUUGGCAAGGGAAAUUUCAUUUAAAAAAUUUGUGACAUUUCGCUACGUUUUCCAAUAAUUGGCGGAGGUAAAAUACGAAAUCCGUUGUAAGCUCUAACAUUGCCGUUUUAAAAUUAUGUGACAUUUCGUUAAAUGUCGAAAGUUACAUAAACAAACUUAAAAAACAGUUUUCUUCAUUAAAAUUGCUUUUUGUCCGUUUAAAUUUAAACUAAAAUGCUAGAUAAAAGGUAGGGUAGAGUAAGUUAGGUCGCAUAUGGCUAUUUUUCAUUUUCCCAUAAUUUCUUUGACACUUCGUCAAAAUCAAAGUUUUAACAAAAACCAGCCUAAAAUGCAAAAUAUUUCAGAAAAGCUAUCAGAAUGCAAUGUAAAGCUAAAAUCCCUGGACAUCUACCCCUACCAAGAAUACGUCGGCCUGUCUUUGGUUCACGAGUACCUGCCUGAUCUCAAAAGUAUUGGCAUGAGACCUCAUUCUCAAGGUCACUUCUUCAAAGGCAUGUCAUUGCCACAUUUUCCAAAAUUUCGUCAGCUAGCUAGCCUAACUCUCGACUCUUUUUUCCUGGAGGAAACAGCCGAAUUUCCUGCUGGACUAACUACGUUGGACUGGCAGUCGAGGACCGAGAGUACCAUAUCUGGCUUCCUCGACCGGUUGAAGAGCCUGAAACUAUUGAACCGGCUUAUCAUGACUCACAACACCUUUUCGGCUCUCAGUUUUCUGAAAUUGCUCGAGGCUAUCGGGGCUUGGAACAUGUCGAACCUACAGUAUCUGGCGUUUAAACUGUCGACUUUUUGGCUGGACGGUCGAAUUCGGAAUCACUUUGUCAAAAUGACCAACAUCUUGAGGACGUUGAAGUUGUUGAGGCUAGAACUGUGCUAUGGAGACGUGCAGAGCUUUCUCAAUAUUAUGAUGGAGUUGACUGGGUAUGUCACUAUUUUUUAAUUUUUAAUUUUAAAAAUUUUUUAAACUUUUUUACCAUCUAAUGAUUAAAAUUUUAGCCCAGAGCUAUCAGUAGUAUGCCUGACAGUCCUACCCCGCCGCAUGGAAUUCCCUCUCUACAAGGUGAUCGAAAUGUCAUCUGAAUUUGCAGUUCGUGGCAUCAGUCUUCACUUGGGGAUAAUGCAACCAAGUAGUCCUGACAAAGAGAAGAAUCGAGAAGAAGAACAAGGAGAGUUCCUGACUAUUGAAGAAGAAGCAAUGGCAAGACAUUACGAAAGUUUCUGCAAGGUUUUGUCUGUUUUGGAUGUGUCAUUUGUGAACAAUGUUAAUAUGUUGUCCAAUCUGUUGAUAUCGUCUAGCUUUAAUAACCUGACGGAGAUCAAAUUUAUCGAAUGUGAUGCUACUACUGAUCAAAUUUUGAUGAGAAUAGCUAUGGUAAGAUAAUAAUAAGUCUUACCCUACCCUAGUUUACCCUACCCUAUCCAAUGAUACCAUUCACCUCAUAUUGACUUAUAUUAACCUUGAUACCCACCUUUACAGAGCUGUCCAAACCUACAACGUCUAAGCCUCCUAUCCUGCCACGCAUGCACAAUAGAAGGUAUGAGGCAUUUUGUCGAGUGUUUCCAUGCCCGCAAAUCAGAAGUGUUAACGAUAAACUGGCAGAAGGAUCAAGAACAUGAUGGGCGAUCAGCUGUCACCGACUUCUAUGUUGAUUUGACUACGAAUCAUCGUGGUUUACUGGAAGAUGUGUCGAUCAAAAGCUACCGAAAACAGUUCAGAGUUAGAGUGGGAGAACAGAUUAUUAUUUGGACUAACGAAAAGGCACUUUAUAUUCAAGUAAGUUGCUCAAAAGGGAGGAGAAGGCAAGGAUAAUAUAGUUUUUGAUGGUAAAAUACGGUUUUUGAAAAGGGGUAUGUCGAAAGAAUGAAGUAAGAGGGCUAGGGGUAGGGGAAAAUGUUUUGAGAACAUAUUUUUUUGCGAUUUUGCCAAAUAUAACGAAAUGUCACAAAGUUAUUGGAAAAAAAGAACGAAGUGUCACAAAAUGUAUCGUAAAUCAAAUUUUUAUGUAAAAUACAAAGUCUCGAUUAAGUAUAAUAUAUUAUUAAUUAUAGCAUGCUUUAAUUACACUUUAAAAAACGAUUUUAAAAUAAUGUUCAAUUGUAACGAAAUGUCACGUAAUUUAUCGACAGAGUAAAUAUUAUUUUGUGUAGAAAUACAAAAUUACAAAUUUAUAACCAAAUGCCACGAUUUUUAUUGAUUUUAACUCAAUUAUUACCUAUUUUCAGGACUUUGACAGUUUCGACCGUAACCGCUUCCUGGGUAUCGUAUCUCCACCAUACGAAAGAAAUGAAGAAACUGAUGACUCUGAUAACAGUAUGAUUAUAGAACAACACAAUAGUUCAUCGUCUGUAGAGGAUAGUCCUCCUUCUAGUCCUUAG